UUUGAAAACAGGAUUAAUUUUAAGCAAAAAACUAGUUUUCAGUCAUAUUACCGAGCUGUCAAUCUCUUGAGUUUUAAUUUUGCAAUUUAGAGUAAGGGGGGUACUUUGAGGCUUCGCUAGUUAAAUGUGUUGAUAAUUGUUAAACAUAUAUAAUACUAACUAUCUUGUGAAUAGAAAUUUGAGCACAUUUUUAAUCAUAGUUUAAUUAUUUUUAUAUUUCUGUUUUUGGAUUCAAUUGUUUGAUUAUUUCUGGAACUUCGAGAAUUUUGAAAUUCCACUUUGCAGUAACCAAACGAUUUCUUAACUUUUUAAGUUUUUAGUGACAUAUUUAGAUUCUAGGUUAUUAUUUUUGUUUCCGAAAGAUUUUAACAUUCAAAUUAAAUGAAUAUCGUACUACUAGCAGCAAUAUUAACACAAUGACUACCAGGCUUUUGGAGCGACUUAUUGUUCCUCUGUAUGUUAAAACACGAACAACUCCUUUGAACCUAGUACGCGGCUGUGAAAAAGUAGUUUCCACUUCUGUAGACUUUACACAAGUUAGAAACUAUGCCAAAGGUAAAGACAGAGGAAAAGAUAAGAAAGCGAAAGGCGGAGGAAAAGUGGAGAUUAACCCUACUGUUAUGGCAGAGUUAGUUCCGGUUGAAAAGCUAAAGGAAAGAUGUCAAAGUGCCAUUGUAAAUAUGAAGGAGGACUUCGCCAAAAACCUGUCGCUUAGGUCAACGACCGGCGCUAUAGAUGCUUUACCUAUUAAACAUGAUGGUAAAGACUAUGAGUUGCAAGAGCUUGCACAAAUUGUUAGAAAGAACCCAAAAACGAUUGUUAUAAACUUUGCAUCCUUUCCACAAGUUAUACCAGACGUUUUAAAGGCAAUCUCUACCUCAGGACUGAAUUUAAAUCCACAGCAAGAUGGCACAACCUUGUAUGUCCCUGUACCAAAAGUAACAAAGGAGCACAGAGAAGCUUUAGCAAAAAAUGCUAAAGCAUUAUACAUCAAAUGCAGGGACACAGUGAAAGAUAUUCAAAAUGAAUAUAUUAAGAAGUCCAAAAAACAAACUGGUGUGUCAGAAGAUUUAGUUUUUAAUGUAAAUAAACAAACAAUAGCAUUGUGCGAACAAUAUUUAGAGGAAGCAAAAGAAAUCUAUAAUAAUAAGCAUAAUGAACUGCUGGGAAAAUAGGGCUAAGAUUACAUUAGUAACAUACCAAGCCAUACUACAAAAUGAGUCAAAUAGUUAUUUUGUAUGCCCAGCAGCACUAACAUGCAUGCCAUGAAAUAAUUGUUGACAAUUUUCUUGCCCUGUGUCACUGAGAUAAGACUGGGCACACAUCCUAUCCUAAACACAUUUCCAACAUCCAAUGUUAAUUGUUUUUAAAGUUAAAUGCUUAUGUUCAUUUUUGUAAGAUGGUAUGUUGCUUAUAAUUAUGUAUGAUUGUUUCUAUUGCAUUAUAAAUAUAAUUGUUUCUAUUGCAUUGUGAAAUUGUGUUCAAUUAGAGCUAUAUUAAUCAGAGCUUUUACAUGUAGGAAUAUAAAAAACAUUGUUAUUGAAAGGUUAAAAUAAAAAUAUAUGAUUUGG